ACUACGACCCCAACGAUCCGCCGCGCAACAUGGCCUCGUUGACCAACGCCGCCACACCUGGCUCAGAUUUCAGUCCUGCACCAUCGCCUGCCGAGUCAUCGGGAAGCAUCUUCUGCGCCGCUGCCGAUUUUGAUCAAGGCCGUCGCAGCUCCAUCCGACAUAUCGUUCCAAGGUCCCCACCACGCCCUCACGACGCCGCCACGUUGUCCGUCAAUACGCACGCCAAUGGCCCCUCCCAGUCAGGCGGGGGGCCUACGAGCAUGAUACAUUCGAUCCCGCCCCGACCCAAGCCCGGCCGCAAGCCUGCCACCGCGGAGCCUGAGACCAAGCGCAAGGCCCAGAACCGCAUCUCGCAGCGCAACUUCCGUGAACGCAAGCAGAAGAAUGUCCAGAUGCUGUCCGAACAGGUCCGAGAGGCCAGUCUGCAAUUCAAAGAUGCCCACAGCAAAUGGCUACGCGAAAAACAGGCCUUGGAAGAACAGCUACGGAUCAAAGAACAAGAAAUCCGGAUCUUGCAAGACCGUGUACGCACAAGUGACGCCCAAAGUUUCAUGUGGAAGGACAUGUACCAAAAAGUGAAAGGAGGCGAAGACGUUUCCACUCCAGAUACCGAGGACCUUCUGCCCAUGCAGAGCUUCGUCCAAUACCGUAGCGCGCGCCACGACGAACCGCUCGAGGGCACGCAAUCAGGAUGCGAUCGCUGCACGCCUGAACAUUGCGCCUGUCUCGCAGACCUCACCAAUGAUAUGCAACUCCCGGACGAGGCCUCGGCUCGUAUGGACGGCGUGUCCAUGACUGGAAUACUUCGCGGCGGCCAAGGAGAAUUCGAUCAAGAGAAGCAUCCCCACGUCGAGUUCGAAGUCGACUUCACGAACAAGUUCAAGAGCGCAGCUUCCUAUGGGCAGCAACAACCUACUACAUUUGCGCCAUCGACAGAGGACAACAAGAUCACAGACUGUGGCUUCUGUGAGGGACAAAAGGACAUUUGCAUAUGCGAUCCCCCUGCUCGUGUUGACAGCGCCGACGAGGGCGUCUCACUCACGCGCAUGAAGAGUGGUUCUUCAGCUGAAGAAGCCAAGCCCAACAUGGCCUUGACCGGGCCUGGCUCUUGUGCCGACUGCCAGUCAAAUCCUCAGCAGCGAGCCUGGUGUCAGCGAGUCGCCCAGCUCCGAAGUGAGGAGACCCCUUCGAGCUCACGGCGCAAUUCAAGCAAGAGCAGCUCGCUCGAUAUUAUGGAACCCAAGGCAUCGACCAGCAUAGACAUGAGCGCCGGCAUUUCGUCGCCUGUGGGUACCGGAAGAACAGUUGGUUGCAGCGAUGCCUUCAAGCUACUUGAUGGUCGAGUUUCGACGGACCCGAAUGCCAUGGACUGGCGCCAACUUAAGCCCGUUCCGCAGGCUUUCGGACGCCAGGACACCCGCAGGGACACUUUCACUAUGGAACCCGGCAUGUACAGCGCGAUGGAGUUGGACGCCAGCAGCAUUCUCACUACCCUCCAACACGCCCAGCGUCCUCUGAGGCCCCGCCCGUCUGACGGUCCACAUGCGCCGCUGAUCGAAGAGGCCGAGGAACGGCGCCGGGCUUCUUUCUCGCCCAUGACCAAGGCCGACGAUCACGCCAUGAUGGACGCAGUCUCUCACUACAAUAUCGGGCAUUAGUUGCGCCCUCCUGUCUUUGCUUUGCCAGAUACCCCGCCUUUAGUGCUUCCGCCAGCAAUCUGCGGCGUUGAUACGGAAGAGUGUCUGUAUUCUGUUUCGCAUGGUCGUUCAUACGUAACGAGAACACAACUUGAGAGUUUUGACGGUCGCUAUGAAUAACGAGUGGACGGUGACACACACACACUCUUCACUUUCUUGCAUUUUGUAUCAUAACGCAUGGCUACUGCAGCCCAGAAUUAGACUAAUGAUUACACGUUUCAACGAACCCAACUAUGGGUCAAAUGAUAUCCUUUCAAUUCACACAUCUGCCUGCAUGUGACGACCCUUAGAUUUCCGCUGAACGUAAAUGGGUUUUUCGAGAUUAUACCGAAUGAACAUCCGCCCGUGCCCAGCUCCGCAGCUUGGCUCGUCAAU